GGGCAGGUGAUUGUGUACUGUGGGACGAUAGCACGGACCCAACAGAUGGGCAAGGUGCUGGGGGCGGCGUGUUACUACCGGGCGGUAGGGACAGUAGAGGAGAAGAAGAAGAUUGUGGGGGAGUUGACGAGUGGGCAGCGGCAGGUGUUUGCAGCGACAAAUGCGUUGGGAUUAGGGGUAGACGCACCGAGGAUCCGGGCGGUGGUGCAUGUGGGAGGGGUGCAGCAGAUGCGGCAGUAUGCACAGGAGAGUGGACGGGCGGGACGAGAUGGAGAGAAGAGCGAGGCGAUUAUCAUGCGGGGAUAUCAGAUAAGAGGGAGAAAGAAAGUGUUUGUGAGAGCAGAAGGGGGAGAGGUAGAAGAGGAUAUGCAGUUAUUUGUAGAGGGCUCAGGGUGCAUGCGAGCGGUACUAGACUGGGCAAUGGACGGAGAAGAGCGGGGGAUGUGUAAGGGGGAUGAAGUAGCAUGUCAGCGGUGCCAG